CCAGAAUGACAUGCUCGAAACGCUAUCGAGAUUCCGCCUACAUACGCUCGACCUUUAUGUCAACUGGGAGUGUGAUCAGACGCUCGCAGGACACUCACGGGCACCUGGUCCGAUCAAGAAUGACCCGUACAUCGAGAAGCUCGACCUGGUGGCCAUAGCUCAGCACGCUAUGCGGUGUUUACCGGCCCUUCAGCUCAUCGCUAUUGACAAUGCAGACCCUCUGAGAAGACAAUUGUUCGAGGUCGCCAACAGCGAAGUCGGUUCCCAGAGCAGUAAGGCGUUGGCUAAGCUGGUAACGGGAAGCACAGGAUGGGAGAAAUUCAACGGGUCGAUCAUGCAUAAGCCGUGGUGGGACGCAAAUUGUUCUUGGUAUUGGGGCGAAUAGACGUACAGUAGCCAUACGA